UGGCGCAUGAUUUGUAUUUCCUCCUCGCAAAGCGGGCUGACAACUUUCAAAACACCGGUGUGUCACUGAGAUGGUAUUGUGUUUCUGUGUUGUUAAAGCUUCUCUUUGCACUUUAAUGUAACUACUUCACGCAGCGACAACGACUCUCACGUAAUGACAAGAGGGGUUCCUGACACAGGUUUGCAGCCUCCUUGCAUCCACACAUUGAAUGCAUGAACCAGGGAUGUCUCGUCCCGCUCCGUCCCCCAUCUACACCCUGAGGGGGGCCGGCGCACCCCUCAACACCCUCCACUUUAGCUGCCAUGGAGGGGACCCUCCCCUCUUAUUUUCAGGGUCGGGGAAGGGUGCCAUCCACAUGUGGAACCUGAACACCAGGAGGGCGGAGAAGGUAGUAGAAGGGCAUUCUGGGAACUCUGUGGUGUGGGUCAACACUCUGCGGGGGACAGACACCCUCAUCAGUCAGGGCCGGGACAUGCGAGUGUGUCUGUGGGAUCUGAGUGAAGGUCGCAGUGCGCUGCUGGACUCGGUGUGGACCGGCAGCGUGGGGUUCUGUCAGUGCUCGCUGCUGGAGACGAGCACCGGGACACAUCUGCUGGCCUUCGCUGGACAAGAGAUCGAAGAGAUCAAGAUUAUUGAGCUUCCCAGUAAGACCCCAGUCUGCAUCCUGGUACCGGACGCUAAGCUGGGGAUGGUCAUGUGCAUCAAGCUGUGGCAGCCAGACUCGGGCCCCGGACCUCUCCUGUUGGCCGGAUACGAGGACGGGUCCCUGUUGCUGUGGGACGUAACCCAGAGGGCCCAGCUGAGCCAGGCCAAAGCCAACCCUGAGCCCGUCAUGUGCCUGACCUUUGACACCGAGAGUCUGAGAGGUGUGUCUGGCUCCUCUGAGAAGAACCUCUCCUCCUGGAGGCUGGACGGACAGAACAACCUGCAGCUCCAGGACUCUGUGACGCUGGUCAACCCUGGGGUUUCCCAGCUGAGUGUCAGAGGUGACGGGAAGCUCCUGGCAUCAGCGGGCUGGGACCAUCGGGUGCGGAUAUUCGGGUGGAAGAAGCUGCGACCGCUGGCGGUGCUUCAGUACCACACCGACCUGGUGCUAAGCGUGGCCUUCUCUGACCACCAGGAUCCCCAACAGAGACUGCUGGCUGCUGGAUCCAAGGACCAGCGCAUCAGCCUGUGGUCCAUAUACAACGAGGGGGCGGACACUGGCUGAGCCUCUCAGCUCUGGGAGGAUUUAUGGACUUUUAAUCAGUAGUUUCUUCUCAUUUGAAUGUGACUGAAAAUGGUAUCAGUGGCUAAUAAUCCCCUUACAUAACAAUGCUUUACUCAUUGUUUGUCCACCUUCUGACCAACUUUCUCCACUGAGAGCGAUCCAGAUGCAUAAGGAAAUAAGGGGAAAUAUAUAUGUGACUCUGACACAUAAAAUAGUAUCCUCUGCUCGGACCCAACAACUGACUUUAGUGACUUCAUCAUAAAACAAUAAGGAGGUGAUGAACAACUGAUAACUACAGUGGUGGGCUGCUAAUGUGUUCUCAUGUUGUCUUUAUCUAAAUGAUUUAAAGCUUGUUCCACACAACAAUCCCUGUUUUUUUAUUAAUGUGACCUAACACUGCCAGGGGUAUUUCUAGAAAAAAAUAUAGCAUGAGGCGCUAACGUCACUCCCCGCCAAAAUUACGGCCCCGCCCACUUUCAGGUGAACGUUAUAGUGUCUUCAUGUCUUAAAGCUGCUGAGUCAUAUAUUGCACCUCCAACAACAAAUAAAUCCAGAGGUUUCUUUACUUCCUCUCCAGAAGAAAGGAGAGUGAAAGAAAGGAUCAGAAAUCUCAGUCUCAGUGUCAGCCUGCUGCCUCUUCCCCCGGCAGACCCACCGGACAUCCAUCCCCUAUUUAUUCUCCGUAAGCUGUCUCUGCCGUCUGACCAGACAUCUGACACCAUCUUCAUAUUUCUGGACUCAUUAAAGCCUUUCUGACCAACAGAGAUAUUGUUUUCUGGCAUCACUUUAACAUUUUACAGUGAGAUUCUGCAUUUUGGUUUAAGGGCGCACGCCCACAGUGAGAGGGAGCAGCGCCGCUGUUACACAGUUCAGACAAAACCCUGAUUGCAUUCUGCUACAGGACCCUGCCUUCAAUCUAACUUGAAUAUCUACAAACUUAUCCUAUUAUUACAUCAACAAAUCUAAAUGCCAUUGCCCAAAUGAUGUGUACAGGUAACAUCAGAAAUAUAAAGGUCAAUAUUUGAGAUAUUAGAACAGAUAAACCUUGUUCACUCUCGGUUUGGUCGGCAUAUUGUUGUCUUUAAUUCAAUUUCCUCAAGCCUGUGUUACACAAUAUUCAGGUCAAUACAUAAUACAGUAUUUCCAUUGUGUACAAACGUGUGUGUAUAUAUAUACCUGUAUAAAUGUAUAUAUGGCAGCUGGACAGACUGACUGAAAAUAUCUGAUCUCUUCCGAAUAGCUCAUGGAUCUUGUGGACCACUGUUUGCUGAAGCCUUUGUGAUGCUGUGUGCAGCUAUGUGAUUGUGUUGACUUAUCUGAUGGGAGAUUUGCUCCAGUGGACCUGAAUUUGAGGUUUAGGAUGCACCUGAGCAGCUAUGUAAUCCGGUGUUGUUAUUCUAGCAGCUCUUAGCUUCACACACAGCCUGACCUGGGUUGUAUUUGUCAAACAAGGUUAAUCACAGCAGGGACACAAGGACCAGAGGGAUGUUGGUUUAGUGCUUUCUGGUGAUCUGAAGAUCCUCCCCAUGGUCAGCUUUACGUGUGUAUGAGCUGAUGUUCAUUUCUUAAUAGGUAUUACUUCUUUGUUAAUGAAAAAUGGCAGAAAACGGAAGAAAUCUAUGCAUCAAGCUGAGGAAUUUAGUUAUUAUAACAACUUGUUUCAAAGUCCUCGGAAAGGGGGAUCAAACAUCUUUGCAGAUUGAAAUUAAACAAUGAACUUUUGCAUCUACUUGCAGGAAAGAGUCUGAAAAACCUGGUAAAGAGUUAGCAUUUUUAUAGCUUUGAGUUCCCAUUUUUUGGGGUUAGAAGCCUGAAAAAAGAUCUGUGGUUUACACAAGCUGAAUAUAUUUUUCCACUCAAAAUAUCCCAGUAAAUACCCCACUGGUGAAUGUCUGCAGCUUCUAUGUGUGGGGUUAAGUAACACGUGUCUAAACAAAACUAAUCGUCAUUAUGCAAACAUUAGCCGCCAUUAGCUUAGCCCUGGUGCAAUCUCAUGCGGUUUGUUUUUAGCAUUUUAUUAGCUUUUUACUUCUAGCAAUUUACCCUUUAUAACUCAUAGUAGUGCUGUUAGUAUGUGGAAACAUCUUAUGUCAUGCAUUAUUCCAAAAGCACUGGUAAAAUCCAUUGCUUUUUGUCGAGGGAGCUUUUUUUUAAACGUCUCACUGUAUGGCUCUAUAAAGAUGUAUUUUGAAGAAACAGACAUUUGUCAUGAACAAGGCCAAAGGGGUCCUGUUGUGAGAGUCCCAGAGAAA